UUUUACCAUCCGAGUUAACUGAAGAAGAAAUCGAAAACUAUCAACAAGAAGUAAUAGAUAACUGGGUAGUAACUACAGUCCAAGUUCAACCAGUUCAGAUAAAUUACCCAGAUACGCCAGUUAACCGAACCUUCACACCGCUCCGACAAGAGAUUCAACAAGGGAGUCAGUUAAUUCGUCGAUUUCAAGAUAUCUUCUUUGCGGAAGAAGAAAACCAAUCACGCCCAGCAUCACCUCUAACUGUCCAAACUAUAUACAGAGAUUCUAUCGACCCUACAAACCCUACUGACAUCCAGCAAUUAGUACAAGCACGUGAGGAAUACGAACAAGAACAAGAAGAAUUUGACCGUCAAAUCGCAGCACGUGAAUUACCAGAAACUGAUAAUUUAUUCAAUUCAGAAAACGAAUCGGAAUCCGAAAACGAAGCAUUAGACAAAGGCAAACAAAAGGAAGUAAUCGAAGGAUUACUAACCCCUGAAGACGAAAACGCACAAUACCUCGACCUA